AUGAAGUGGACAAUGGGUGUCGUCGUGGUAUUGGCUGCGUUUGACUUGCUCAGCAAAACCCGAGCGGAGAACGAACAGGCGGCAGAUAAUGCAAAUAUUUUCCAACGCACCUUUAGAAGGCUCCAUCAGGAGCCGCAACUACCAGAACCUGCAUCACAAAAUCGCGUCAGCGCACAGUAUUUAUGGAUUGAACAAAAAUUGGAUCAUUUUAAUGAGACAGACACGCGCACAUGGCAAAUGCGCUACGUAUCUAAUGAUGAAUUCUACCAAGAAGGUGCUCCGCUUUUCAUAUUUGUUGGCGGUGAAACGGAGAGUACACCCGCCCUUGUGACCGCUGGACAUUUGUACGAUCUAGCCAAGGAGCAUAAUGGUCACCUUUUCCGCACCGAACAUCGUUACUACGGUCAAAGUCGCCCGACAAACAACUUGGACAACGAAAAUAUCAAAUAUUUACAUGUGCGUCAAGCUAUAGCGGAUUUGGCCCACUUUAUUGGGGAGAUGCGUGCCACAAUAGCAGGCGCCACUGAAUCGAAGGUUAUACUCGCUGGUGGUUCCUAUUCAGCCACACUCGCGACAUGGUUCAAGAAACUGUAUCCUGAAUUGGUAACUGGUGUUUGGUCAUCGAGUGCGCCACUCCUUGCAAAGGUCAAUUUUGUGGUUUCGNACGGUUGGUAUCAGACUUCCGGCUCCAGAAAUCAGCCAUUUGGCACUAAAUUCCCUGUGACGCUUUAUACACAAAUGUGUCAGGACAUCUAUGGCGAGCAGUUUACCAACGAGUUCAUAAACAGCCAGGUAGCUGCCACCAAUGAAUUAUUCGGUGGCCUUGAACCAAAUGUGGAGAAUGUCUACUUUACACAUGGUCAAUUGGAUCCGUGGCGUGCGAUGGGCAUACAGGAUGAAGAGCAGGCGACGAUUCUACCGCUCUAUGCCCACUGCAAGGACUUUGGCUCG